CUUCGUUGUGUUCGACCCACACAUUUCUCCUCGCGCAUCAGCAAGACAGAGCGAGGAGAAAUGGCGUCUGCUGCUCUGAGAAGCUGCGCCGUUCUCUUCCCGAGCCUCCUCUCCUCCUCCAAGUCGCAGUUCAACGGCUCCGUCUCCCUCCCCUGCGCCAAUGGCGCGUCCCGCUUCUCCAUGUCCGCCGAGUGGAUGCCCGGCCAGCCUCGCCCCCCUUACCUCGACGGCUCCGCCCCUGGCGACUUCGGCUUCGACCCGCUUCGCCUCGGGGAAGUCCCGGAGAACCUGGAGAGGUACAAGGAGUCGGAGCUCAUCCACUGCCGUUGGGCAAUGCUUGCUGUGCCGGGGAUCUUGGUGCCGGAAGCCCUGGGCCUGGGCAACUGGGUGAAGGCGCAGGAGUGGGCAGCGGUGCCCGGCGGGCAGGCCACCUACCUCGGCAACCCGGUCCCGUGGGGCACGCUCCCGACCAUCCUUGUCAUCGAGUUCAUCGCCAUCGCCUUCGUCGAGCACCAACGCAGCAUGGAGAAGGACCCCGAGAAGAAGAAGUACCCCGGUGGAGCCUUCGACCCCCUGGGCUUCUCCAAGGACCCCGCCAAGUUCCAGGAGUACAAGAUCAAGGAGAUCAAAAAUGGUCGUCUUGCUUUGUUGGCCUUCGUCGGGUUCUGCGUGCAGCAGUCGGCGUACCCGGGAACGGGACCCUUGGAGAACUUGGCCACUCACCUGGCGGAUCCAUGGCACAACAACAUCGGCGACAUCGUCAUCCCCAGAUCGGUGUUGCCAUGAUCAUGGUGGGCUUCGUUCAUCUUCCCACUCUGUAUAAUUCCAUGUACUGAAUGCAUGCUUGUGCUCCCUUCCAUCCGUGUAAUUGCUGAUACAUUUCCAUUACACAUGCAAUAUCUUGUACUCCAAAGGGAAGUUCAUGGUUGCCUGUUUGUUGCAAAUGAAGGUUAUAGUUAUGAAUCCUUCCUUGAUCA